GCCUCAUCCUCUCGUCCUUAGUCCUCCUCCGGCUUCUCCGUGGAUGGCCGAACCCUAGCUCCGUCCAUCUCCUUCGAAUCACCAUCGCCUCCCGAGUCUCCGGGGCUUGCAUUCGAGGCCGAUCUCCCUCGGUGCGUCUUGGUUCUGGCUCUGGGAUCUUAAAUCGAAGAAGAGCGAGCUCUUUGGGAGACUUCUUCGAGAUCUAUAGUGGUUUUGCUGUGAUUGGGAUCUCUUUCGAUUUCUUUCCAUCUGGUUAAGAAUUAGAGCGAAUUCCAGAUGGAUGGAGCAUUGGGAGACGGUGCUUCGGAUUCGAUCCUGUUUUCAAAAUGGAGGAGUGAUUUCUCGAGGAAAUUCCAGUACUAUCUGGAUAGAUCCACCCCGCAUCCUGUUGGGAGAUGGCUAGGGACCCUCGCUGUGGCUGCCAUCUACAUUCUGCGUGUUUACUUUGUUCAGGGUUUCUAUAUUGUAUCAUAUGGCCUGGGGAUCUAUGUGCUGAAUCUGCUGAUCGGGUUCCUGUCACCAAUGGUGGACCCAGAGCUGGAGGUUUUGGAAGGGGCCUCCUUGCCUACAAGGGGAUCAGAUGAGUUCAAACCUUUCAUCCGCAGGCUUCCUGAAUUCAAAUUCUGGUACUCCAUAACAAAAGCCUUAUGUGUGGCUUUUGUGAUGACCUUCUUCUCCAUAUUUGAUGUUCCUGUCUUCUGGCCAAUACUGCUAUUCUACUGGGUUGUUCUUUUUGUCUUGACGAUGAAGCGCCAAAUCCUCCAUAUGAUCAAAUACAAAUAUGUUCCGUUUAGCAUGGGGAAGCAGAGGUACAGUGGGAAGAAGACAGCUGCAAGCAGCAGUGCAUCCAUGGAUUAAUGAGAAGAGGAUGGAUUCUUAAAAGAAAAAAGAGGAGGAAAAAGAAAAGAGGUCUAAUUGAAUGAACAUGCUAGAUUUUCUUUGUCAUUUAAACAAUUGGUACUCUUUUUGGCAGGCUUGUUUUUUGGCUUGCCCUCAUUGAAGGGGCGAGCAUUUAUUCUCAAUUAAACAAGGAAACCCCUUUAUUGGGUGUUUGUAUAUCUGUCUCAGUUCAGUUCAACCCCCUGAAUGCCAUGAACUUUAUAUAGCUCACUAGUUUGCACGUUUGUAUUAA